UUACCACAGGUGAACAAUCCUGCGAGAGGAUUCAGCUGGCUUCGUGAGGGACCUCUUGAUAUGCGCAUGGAUCCUCAGGCGAGUUUGAAAGCAGAAGAUAUACUGAACUCUUGGCCAGAAACUGAGGUGGGCAGAAUCCUGCGGGAUUAUGGUGAAGAAAGCAACUGGCGUUUAUUUCAGACUAAAAUUGUUAGGGCUCGAUUAACUGGCGGGUUGCAUUCUACUGGUGAUCUAGAUCUUAUACGAAAUGCGAGUCCUGGAACAAGAGGAGGUAGGCAAGGUUGGAUUAAAACAGCAACACGUGUCUUUCAAGGUCUGCGAAUAGCUGUUAACGAUGAACUCAAGACCCUGGAGAAUUCUCUCCAUGCUUCUUUCGACUGUCUUGCUCCAGGUGGUAGGCUUGCUGUCAUCUCUUUCCAUAGUUUGGAGGACAGAAUAGUGAAACAAACUUUUCUUGGCAUUAUCAACUCUCAAAGCAAAGAUGAGGUUCCUUUUGAAGAAGGGGAAGGUGGUAGAUAUUUCAAAAAGACCACAAGUGGAAGUAAUGAGAAUGAAAAGUGGAUUAAACAGACAAUACAAGGGUUGAAUGGGACAAUCCUUACGAAAAGACCGAUAACACCAUCGGAAGAGGAAGAGAAAUUGAAUAGCCGGUCUAGGAGUGCUAAGCUCAGAGUGAUUCAGAAGGUAUGAGGACAUCUCUUAAAAUUGUCUCGUCUCAAAAGGAAAUAUAGAGAUCUUAGUUGAAAGAGGACAGAGGAGGAGGGUAUUUCAGAAAGCCGAAGAAUGACAACAAAUUGGAGGGCAAUCCUCAUCCGGAGACCAUUAAAUGAUAAGAAGAAGAAAGACUGAACAGUUGGUCUAGAAAUUGCCAAGCUAAGAACGAGUUGGAAGUCUUGAUGACAGAAGCAUUAUCUUUAUAGUUGCAGUCCCCACUGAUACCAAGAACCUACACGUCGCUGCCUUCAUAAAGCAGGCCCUUCGAAUUGGUUGAUCACAACGGGUUCUCCCUAGCAGGACUGAGGUUUCAUCUCUCCAUGUAUAUUGUUUAGAAUGCAAUUGAAUAUUUAUUUACUGACAGUUAUUAUUGUUAAACGAAACUGCUGAAUCCAUGUAGAGUAAAAUUCAGAAGGAAAGCCUGAAUUUCAUA